CUACAGUGUACUGUACCUGCACGGUUAGGCAGGGAAGGCAUAGAACCAGGCACUGGUACACCAGGUGUUGCGACACGAUCGAAGGAACAGCCGGAACGGUCCUUAUCAAGAUGGCUACACGUCAUGCGUCAUGGUGGUUACGUAGUUAGCAUUACCAACGCCUCCUAAAUAUAGGAGGCGCUGCCAUUACAGUUGAAAGUGGUAAGCACAUCUUACGGCUAAAGAUGCCAAAUAAUUUUUUUUUUAUUAUCAGGAACUUGGCACUUUGUCGUUGACAAAAAUAACCAGGUCAGGCUUGGAGACGCUGAGGAGUGCCCGGACGUCAACUCGAAGAGCGCGGUGCAAGCCAAAGUGCAGGUGGAGCGCGCUGCGAGGACUGCUCCACCCCCUCAACCCGCAACCUAGUGCAGCGAAAUCGAAGGGACCGUCGGGUUCGUUCCGUCUGGUUCCGUAUCGGAGCAGUGCGGUUGAUUACGUCCACGAGUGAUUGCCUUUACUCUAAGCAGCAUAGCGAAGUUGGUUCUUUAUUUUAUGUGAGAAUGCCGUAAGCCGCUUGCACUUGUGCAUCACAACACCUGCGCUUGUGCAUCGCUGUCACAAUGCAAAACGAGCUGUCGGAUCUGAGGCAACGUGUUGCGCCGAUGAACUCCAAAGAUGAACACCCAGCGGGGCUGUUCCAACCCUUCAAAAAGCCGGCUCUCGGCUUUGUUGGCACCCUUCUGACUGAAUUACGGCCUGUCAUGAAGGAACCUUCAGCAAAGAAGGUCGUGUGGCUGAUGGUAGGAAACAUUAUUUGUAGCUCCGUGCUGUCGUACUGGAGUCGGUCUUCUGCGAGUUUAGCGCUUGGUGCUUUUACCCAGCUGACACUCUUUGACCUGCUCUGUUUAGGGAAUUGCUUGUUGGGCAUGUGGGUGUCUCAGCAAAAGCCUGGACCAACCUACAGCUUUGGGUACAGAAGAUGGGAAGUCUUAGCCAUCUUGGCCAGCACAAUAUUGUCGCAACUUGGCUCGUUUUUAGUUUUGAAGGAAAGCUUGGAGAGGCUGUUGGAGCCAGUAGCUGUUCACAGUGGUCGUCUGCUGCCAGGUGUCGUGCUGGGUCUCUGCUGGCACUUGCUGGUCCAGCUGAGCGUACAGCAGCCGUCGCUGGCCACCGUCCUGCAGGCGUCCAGUUCCAGUUGGCUUCAGGAGCAUCUGACCGACAUUAGCCACAGUGUGUGCAGUGUGGUGCCGGGGCUCUCUGGACUGUUGCUGCCCCGUCUGAAUCCCAUCCUUCUGCUGGGGUGGGCCGAGGCAUGCCUUCUCCUGCUCUGCCAUACACUGCUGCUUUCCUAUGGCUGGCAGCACGCUGACACUGUGACGGCCGUUCUUCUGGCCAUCAUGUGCUGUGCUACAAUGCUACCCGUGAGCAUCCACUGUGCCUGUGUUCUGCUUCAGACGACUCCACGCCACCUGCUAGGCCAGCUGGACAAAUGUCUUCGGGAGGCAUCUACAUUGGACGGUGUGCUGGAGUUUCGACAUGAGCUCUUCUGGACGCUUGCCUUUGGCACGCUGGCUGGCUCGGUUCAUGUUCGUGUCCGGAGGGAUGCUAACGAGCAGCUGGUUCUGGCACACAUAGUGGAUCGUCUCUCAGGCCUGGUGCCAGAGCUGACUGUCCAGGUGUUCAAGGAUGAAUGGGCAUGGAGCCGAGCAGCUCCAUUCCAUCCGUCACGAGACCAGACUGCUGGGUUGGAGAGACGGGAAUCACUCGGUAGUCAGUCUGCCCUGCAAGUGGCUGCUGCUCCAGCAAAAGUGUGAUUUUGUUGCUGUUAGGUGCUGAAAAUGCAAUGCAACGUCAAGCUGCUCUGUGGGGGAAGCAAGAGAACUGCAACCGUCUGUGCAAUUUCUGUGAUAUUAAGCUACCGUCUGCAUAUAUUAAAACUUGAAUGGUAGAAAGAAAAAGAUCAGAACACCUGUUAAGCAUAAUUGUCAUCGGAAUGUGACUUUCAAGCUAUCUGUAGCUGGUUUCUAAGCAUGGUGCAUUUCUGAAUGCACGUUUUGAAGCCUGGAUUACAUCGCUGUACAGUCGAACCUGAAUGUAACAAGUAUGAAUAUUAUGAAUUAUUGAAUAUAACGAAGUAAUUAAUCUAAAAUGUUUAUUGCCACUAUCAGCAUGUAACAAAAGUAUGCAUAUGAUGAGUAUCGGGUGUAACGAAGCUUUUUUCAUGUCAGAUGCAACUUCGUUAUAAUGAGGUAUGACUGUAAAGUUCUUGAAUGCGGACUCGGCUAACUAACCAUGUACUUGGUUAAGAAACUCGGGUCUGGUCAACAGCGGCCGCGAAUAUGCCACUCGUGGACCAGAAACACACGACGCGAAGCAACACACGUACACUUGCCCCAAGUAGCUCCUACGCACAAGGGCGUCCUUGCGAAAACAGAAAGACAACCUUACUUCUCCAAACGCAGUUUUACUCUCUACGACGCAGGCUACAGUACACAAAGUCGUAAAAUGCGGGGCUCGACGUGGAGAGAGGUACCCGCGGUCAGCGAAGGGGCUGGACUGAAGUGGGGGGGGGGGAGGUUGCAGGCAUUGCGAAGUGUUCGUCCAGGACCAUCUCCGAAAUGUGUUCAAGCCCUCUUCGUUUCUCAGAAAACGGGGACCAGUGGUGGUGACGGCAUUCAUUGCUUACAACUGUAAUGCAACUGCAGGCAAACCUGGAAAUGUAAGGAUGCAUUCCAGUCAUUUCGAAUAUUUUUUGUUCACACGGAUUAUCACAUGGUAUAUUAUAGUUAAAUAAAUGCGUGCAGGCCUUCCCUUUAACCCUUUGAGGGUCAAAUUUUUUUGCCAAAUGCAACCCCCCAGGGUCAACUUUUUAUUGCUCAUUUAAAUUCUUCGAAAGAACCUAUUUCGAAAAAUAUGGUCGUAAUUUUUUUAGAGCGACAGUAAUGUCAGGAAAAAAUCGUUUGUGUUGUAAAAUACACAAUGUUUAUUCAUGAAUAAGAAGUGCAGUGAAAAAUCGUUGUGUGCACGUCUGGAAACCGAAACAAGUGAGAAGCCUUCGUCUUAUCGCCAACAAGGUGCAAUAGAGCUUUUGUGGUCUCCAAAAAAAGGAAGCGCAAAAAUGGCAGCAUCGUUUGUGUACGUACGCGCCUGCCUGGGAACAGGUGUAAUCGCACCGCAGUGGGCGAUAAACGAUCGAGUAACAAGUGGUCACCCUUUGAGAGAUUUGAAACCAGAUAGCCAUCAGUUUAGCGCAUGCAACAAGCGGGAUCGGCCGCAGGAGAAUACCGCAACUUGCCGCCGGUGCCGCACGCGCGCGCACCCGGAUGCGCAAGCGAUAGCUGACCCGCCAUUGCCAUAAAAAAAUUAAAAAAAAAACAAAAAAAAAAACCCGAAAAGGCAUUGGCGCAAGUAAAAAAUUCCACGUGUUCCUGUUGAGUGGCGGCACAUGCCAAGUGAAAGAAAUGACAUGUUACAUGCUACAUGUUUUACAACAGGGACAUGCAAGUUUUGUGCCAUUUGAUUCGUGCCAGCCCUGUGUUGAACGCAGUGGGCCCAUAGUGAGCACAGCUUCAGUUCUUUUUUCAGACUGUGUCGUACAGUACUUAAUUACUGAAGUUUGUAUUGUUUGGCCUUGUGUAAGGAUGUUCUUGUGUUUGAUGUUCUUUUAGAAUGAUUGGAAAGGCUUAUAAUGUUGUGGAGGCCCUGUUUCUACUAUCCCUGCGGAUGCUACAGUAUUAAAUGAAUUUUUUUUU